ACUCAGACUAUUCAACCUAAUUCAUGUAUUUCUUUUGUUUUACCUACUAUGCAAGAGUUCUUGAAAGAAGUAGAUAAAAAGAAAAGAACAAGUCAUCAUUAUCAAGAUUUUUUAGAAAAAUUUAAAGCACAAUGUGUUACAGUAAAAAACUUACUAAGAUUAACAAAAGAAGACUUUGAACUAUAUGGAAUAGAUACUGUUGGAGACUGA